ACGUACUUCUAAUUUUUACCAAGCUUCUGUCAUUGUGUUGUUUUCUUUAGGAUUAUUGUAAAUAAUAAAAGUUUGUCUCUAUUUUGCGCAAAGGUAUCUAAUUGUAGUUAAUAUUGUGCGCAUUUAUCAGUGCUACUAGAAAAUAAAUCUCCAACUAAAAUGAAGGUUACAUGAAAUACUAUUCAGUACAGUAAUCCAUUCGGUAACCUCAUGGAAUAGGUUAACCUGCUAACUCCCAAUGGCACAAUCAACAGCUAGUGGAACGUCAUCCCGUCGAAUUGUUAGGGAACAUGACGUUUCUGUUAGCUCAUCGAGUUCUCCUCGCUAUCCAGACAGCGAGUGGGAAACCAAAGAGGCCUUGCGACAAAGGGAACUUGAGGAAGCUCGAGCACGAGCUGCCCAAAUGGAAAAAACAAUGCGUUGGUGGUCAGAUUGCACGGCGAAUUGGCGUGAAAAAUGGAGCAAGGUGCGCAAUGAAAGAAACAAAGCGAGAGAAGAGGCUAAGGUGCUGAGAAGCAAGUUGGAAAUAGCAUUGAAAGAUGCAAACACAUUCAAGCAUGAGAAGCAAGAAAUUGAAUUGCAGAACGAGCAGCUUAAAAAAGAAAUGGAGAACAUACACAUGAUACUGUUGAAACACGCAGGGCAAUUUGAUCAACAAAUAAUCAGCAUCUUAGAGUCUGAUCCUCGACUUAGAGAUGCGCUCGGAGUUGACGAGCUCCUGGAAGUAUACAAUAACGUUCAACAGACUGAAAAAAUGGGCCCCAUAUUGAAACAAAAGGAUUUGUUUGUGCAUGCAAACUCCGCUGAAGAGCCAAGCUCUAAAUCUGAUAUGGAUGCAGCAGCGCAGGACAGAGAUAUAGAGGAAUAUGUUCUGCAAGGUGCUGUCCCAAAACAUGCUGUAGAAUUGUACAAAGAAAGUUCAAUCGAUACUUUGGACAGAGAUAUGAUGAAGCUUGUUGGCGAGACAAAUGUAAUGCAAGAUAAAUUAGAUAAACGACAAUCCGUUAUUGAUGCUAGCGAUGAAGAAUUUCUGAUGCAGAAAAUGUCCAUGCUGCAUCUAAGACUGGAAGAAGCAACAAAAACUAUUUCUGCGGAACGAGAAGAAAAGUCGUCGCUUCAUCGGGGAAUGGAAAAACUCAGAUCAGAAGUAACACAACUCAGAGAGCGCUGUGAAGAAUUACAAGAAAGUAGAACUGAAGUUACCAGAGAAUUAUUGGCACUGAAGGACAGAUUUCAAAGUGAACUCAAUGCUGCACAAGCGGACCUUAUUGACGAGGCAACAAAUCGUGAAGGCAUGGAUCGUCGUCUAUCAGAUCUGCGAACUGAAUUGGAGAGACUGCAAGCAGAAAAUGCUGCAGAAUGGGGUAAACGGGAACGGUUAGAGACUGAGAAAAUUUCUCUUGAUCGUGAGAAUAAACAACUCAGGAAUGAGUUGCGCGAUAUGCAGGAAAGAGCGGAGUCACGACGAGCACGACCUGUUUCUGCCUCUGACACCGACGUCAGACAAAUUCAGCAAGAGUUAUUGGACCGCAAUAAAGAGGUAUUAGAUCUUAAGCAUUCACAUUCAAAACUGAAAAAAAUGCUCGCUGAAAAAACAACCGAAUUGUCGCAUGCUUUGAGACGAUCAGAACAAUACGAAACCGAAGUGAAAAGGGUACGAGCUAGGGUGGAAGAAUUGAAAAAAGAACUAGCUUUAGUACAGGACGAGCUAGAUACUGCUUCUAACAAUGUUCGCAGACUCCAAAGAGCCAAUGAAGAUCUAUCAGAACAACUAGGCUCAGCAAACGUCCAAUUAGAGCAUUUCAAAAACAGUUCUGAAACAUGCGAUGAUGAAUUAGCUGAAAUAGAAGAAGAUAAAUUAGUGGAUGGUAUAGUGGACCAUACCGCAACCCUAUGUCCUAAUUCACUUUCUACAGAUUAACAAACUUGCGAGGGAUAAAGGUUGAGCAAGAUUACUGACCUCUACAGGCAUAAUAUCUAUUCACCCUAGCACCAGCAUUUCUCACGAUUUCAGUGACGAAGAUGUCAAUGACUUCUAAACAGCAUCCUGUAAAUCUGUACAAAUGUAAACACAACGCACGAUUUUAUUUUAGUCGCAGACUGAAAAAGUAAAGAUACAUAAUAGCAUGUUGAAAGAUGAUUAAGACGCUUCCAUGUAAUUUAAUUAGUAUUAUUAUUUACGAUAGAGACAAAUACUCAGCAUGAAAUUUUUUAUUACUAACUCCUCUGCAGAUACUUGUCUGAAUUGUUGAAAAAUCCGACAUUUGUAUUACGCUUUAAUAAUUUUGUUACGCUGUACAUACAUAAUAUAAUUACGUUUAUUUUUUUACUUGCAAUUUUUGUACAUUUUAUGUUGUUUACGUAUACUUAUUUAACUUUUUGCGAUCUAUAUAGAAUUCUUUACAAUUUUCAUAUGUUGUGUUAAAUGAUUUAAUGCAUGUACAAAAUGUUUUAUCACUUUCUUUUUUGUACAAUUGGCCGCAGAACAAUGAUAAAUUGUUUGUAUUAUUUCCAUAAAGACUGACGAAAUAAGAAUUUGAGGUGUUUCCUGAUUAUAAGCACAUUAUUUUAAUAAACCGUAUUAACAAUAUAAAAUAUAUAUGUGAAAUACUUUGAAGCAAUAAUUUGUGUAACUCUGUGAAUAAUAAUUGAAUGUGAAUAUAUAUAGCUUAUAUGUAUAUGCUGAUUAGAAUAUGAUGAAACCAUACUUUUGUCUGA